AUGGCGGCCCAAGAAGAAGUCGUUGACUUCGAUAUCAUCGAAAACCAGAAAGAGAACAUCCAGUCCUUACCUGGUGGCCGCUCAGCAAGGGAAUUAGCCCGUAUAUUUUCACCAAGAGGUACAGAAGACAAGCUAUAUUCACCAUCACCAAACGACACGAGGACCGUCAACGAUGCCAUCAGACAAGAUUACGAAGCAGAAUUGCAGGCAAUAGGAGAAUCAGACGACCCACUUGACAUCUACGAUCGUUAUGUGAAAUGGACAUUGGAUGCAUACCCUUCCUCACAGGCAACUCCUGAAUCGGGUCUCCUCCCAUUACUGGAACGGGCAGUGAAGUCCUUCCUCACGUCUCCCCACUAUAAGAACGAUCCUCGCUACCUUCGGUUAUGGGUCCAUUACAUCCGACUUUUCUCCGACUCACCAAGAGAAACUUUUGCAUUCCUAGCACGGCAUCAGAUCGGAGAAGGACUCGCGCUAUUCUAUGAGGAAUUCGCUUCCUGGCUCGAAGGCGCGGGACGAUGGACGCAGGCGGACGAAGUGUAUAGGCUUGGUGUCGACCGCGAGGCCCGGCCUGUUGAGCGACUAGUUCGGAAGUAUCGUGAAUUCCAACAACGCUAUGAACAACGAACACAAGAUAAUGGACCGUCAUCCCCUGCACUGCCCGCAGUCCGACCGGCACUGGCUGCCAAGGUGGACCCCUUUGCUUCGGCAGCAGCCCCAUCACCGGAUCCACAGGCACAACGAGCAGCCCCAGCUGCUGCUGCACCGAAGACCAAGUCCGGUAAACCGAAGAUGGCCAUUUUCUCUGACGCUGACUCGGCAAGCCAGCCUGCUGUCUCUGGACAGACUAGGGGAUGGGAUAGUAUUGGGUCAAUGAGCGACCGCCGGAAGGAGAACAAGGUGGAAGCGAAACCAUGGGCGGGAGAGACUCUUAAGGCAGGAAAGAAGCCUGCUCCGAAGGAGAAGAUGACCAUUUUCAGGGAUGAGUCAAAUCAAAAUUCACAUUUGAAAGAAUCAAUGCAAUCCAAGCACGUUCCAGAGCAUCGCGUAAGGGAAGCGGUAAACCCGCGUACGGGAAGACGAGAGCGUGUUUUCGUCAAUCUUGAUGCAGUAUACCCUGAUUAUACAAACCCCAAUGUUGAAGUCAGCUUUGAGGAGCUGCGAGCCAUGCGCCGUGGUUGGAUGGACAAAAAAUGGCGACCACAAAAAGAGCCUCUGAGGCAGAUAUCUGGCAAUGAAAACUCGGCUGCAAUUGAUCCAGCCAGAGCACUACCUGAUGAGUUUAAUGAGAAGUUGACUAUGAAGGACGCAGAUAUUUCGGCGCAGCAGCAAGCUCCGGAAUCAGAUGCCCAUCAUGAAGCAAAAGCUGGUAAAGCUCGGAAAUUGAAGCUUCGUGAAGUUAAACAGGAGACGCAGACGGUCAAAAUGAAGUUCGACUCCCCGACUGGAGGCAAGAUUCGUCGCAAGAGCACAGCCGAGCCAACAAUGACGAUUCAUACUCGCGCCGCAACGGACGAGAUCUAUAGUAUCUUCAACCAGCCACUCAAGGCGGAAACAGAGGCAGCCGAAAGUAGCGACUUCGAUGAUGAUGACUACACAAGCGCUGGGGAGAGCACCGUAACUGGACACAUAUCGGCUGCUUCGAGCGAUUUUGGUGAUGAUGAGAAUACAUUUCACAAGCCCUUUGAUGAAACUGUUGGGGAUGGAUUUGACGAUAACACACGAGCUGAAAGUGUUGUGGACGGUGAAUGGACACAAUUCUCUGCAGUCGACGAUACGGCCGGCCUUCGCUCAUUGGGCGUCGAGUCGGUGUCGCAACACCACACAGAUGAGAGGGACAGCAUCGACGGCGAUGAUUUUGAAGACAACCAAAACCGACAAAGAUUUAUCCCAGAAAUGCCUGACGAUUACAACCCACCAUGCGGCCCAUACCGAGACCCAGCGAUAGUUGCCCAGAAUCGCUUGCCCUUCAUGACACCUAUCGUAGAACAAACUGAGUAUUCCCUUGCAUCCCUGACAGCAGCCAGGAACCACCUGUACAAUGCGAAGACUCCGUCCAAGCCUCAGAUGGCAGAUCUUCUGUCAACGCCACUGAUCGAUGGAACACCUCGCCAAGGAGAUACUACGAUUGGCUUGCCCGAAGAUGUUGCGCUGAGUCCGACUGCAAAGAAGGCAUUGUCUAGUGUCAAAUCAGCCUCCCCUUUCGGCCGUAAAUAUCGACAGGGACCAAUCAUUCAUGAUGCACAAUGCAAUCCUACUGACAAAAAAAUCCGGAACACCAUUCUCUCAGCCUUGGACCCACCACUUGCGACAUACGCUGGAUAUCACGGUCAUACGGAGACAGAUGCCCAUUAUGCUUCUGACAUUCAGAAGUUCAUGAAGGCUCAGCCAAAGCGUUCCCGAAGCGGUGACGAAGCGUCAUUUGAAUUGCCCAUCCUUGAGCUUCCUGGUGCAGAAAGAAGCUAUAUCAUCCGGCGGGAGCUUGGAGCCGGUGCAUUUGCCCCAGUAUACCUAGCGGAGAGUAUCGAUAGCUUGCCCGCCGAUUCUGACGAUGAAUCUGAAGAUAGCAACAGUGGAGGCUCGCAGCUUACCUACAGUAACAGAUCAACACGGCGCAAGCCUCGCUAUAGCUUUGAGGCUAUCAAGAUGGAAGUCGGUCCUCCAAGCCCAUGGGAAUUUUACAUGAUCCGGACUGCACAUGACCGCCUGAACCAACGACCAGGUUUGUCGCGCGCGGUGGACAGUAUAAUCGAUGCUCACGAGCUGCAUGUGUACAAAAGGGAAAGCAUUCUUGUCGAGGAUUAUCGCAGCCAAGGAACCUUGCUGGAUCUUGUCAACCUUGUCCGAAAUGAGCAAGUCAUAGGUGGCGGCCACGGCGAAGGAGGCCUAGAUGAGGUCCUUGCUAUGUUCUUUACCGUGGAGUUAUUCCGUACUGUGGAAGCACUUCACUCAUGUGGUAUACUCCAUGGCGACAUCAAAGCCGAUAAUUGCCUUGUGCGCCUCGAGGAGAAAGCAGAACCUCCGUCACUCAUCGAUCUUGGAGAUGAGAACGCCUACGACCCACGCGAAGUGCAUUACUCCCCUCGGGGGUCAUACGGCUGGCGCAACAAAGGCCUUUCACUUAUCGAUUUUGGUCGUGGCAUAGACAUGCACGCUUUCCAGCCAUCCGUUCAAUUUGUUGCCGACUGGGAGGCCAAAAAACAUGAAUGUAACGAGAUUCAGGAGAUGCGGCCAUGGACUCACCAAAUCGACCUCUACGGACUUGCAGGCACUGUCCACGUCAUGCUCUUCGGAAAGUACAUCGAGUCAUCCCCUGUUCGCCAAAGUGAAGGUGCACCUCCCAAUGGGCCUCGAACGUACCGAAUCCGAGAAUCUUUAAAACGGUACUGGGAGCGGGAGAUCUGGAACGAUGUCUUUGAUCUUCUCCUCAACCCUAGUUCAGAGCGAUGGGUUCAGAUGGAGCUGGAAGGAAACAACAACCCCGCUGCAAUGCUGUUCGAUGAGAACACACCCACCUCGCCCAUCCUCCCCGUUGUCAACUCCAUGAGAUACGUCCGAGAAAAAAUGGAAGCAUGGCUACUCGCCAACGCGGAGAAGAAAGGCCUGGGUCUCCAGCUCCGAAAGCUUGAGGCUAUCUUUAACGAGAGAAAGAAAAAGCUAGAAAGAUCAUGA